CAGCUUAAAGCAUUUGUGGGCGUCAGCUUAGCAAUUUUAAAUUUUAAAUUUCACUUUUAACAAGUUGUUGACUUGUUGUUGACUUGUGGCAAGCGCAGGUUGCACGAACUAAAGUUCAAGCUAUUAACACUUGGUUUUUGUGGCUUUUGCCAAGACAAAUGUUUGAUUUUCCAAUUUUCCAACAAGUUAAAGUAAAGCGCAAGCUUAACAACAAACAAUUAAAUCUAUGCCAAUUUCUCUUCCACAGCUCAUUUGACAAACUAGACACACACACACUUUGAUUUCUGUUCGUUUCCUUCGUGUUAAUCUCAAAUGCAAAUGCGCAUCUUGCAUACCCAACGACGAAUGAAUUGACAAUGACAAAGAGUAUUAAACAACGCCGCCCGCUGCUCGACACUUCUAGUGGCAGCCUGUGUGGCAUUCUCUGCAUCUAUGUGAUAUUAGUUUGUACAACAGUCGCCGUCAACAGUACAGCGCCACCAUCGUGUGGCCUAUAUGGCGCACCGCCUUGCCAAUUUUUGCCAGCACCACCCGGACAGACGCCCAACUGUGCGCGACCCGGCAAAACUUAUUGCGAGCAUGUGGAAAAUUAUCCCACCUAUCUCAUCAAAUCUCUGGUACGCAAAUGGGGCUACGAGGCGGCCACAUUGCUGGUGGAUGAAACCUGGGAGACUUUCGAAACGGUAGCGUGGCAACAUACGCCCGUCUUCUAUGAUCCCAAGUCCAUAUUCAGGCCACCGGGCUAUGGGCAGGACUUCAAUGGCUACAGCUAUCAGACGCCCUUUGGGGGCAGCAAUGCGCCACAGCAGCGACCAGCGACAGGCAAUUCGCUGUUUCCGCCACACCAAGCAAAUCCACAAGCCGCCACAGAGGGACCCACCUUUCUGUUGUACACUUCAAAUGGCGCUCAGCGGCCGCAGCAGCAAAGCAUAACCAGCCAGCUAUGGGCGGGCAAGACCACGCCCUAUAAUGCCACCAUCUGGCUAAAGCGUCUAGUACGCGAUGUUAGUCUCAGCAAGAAAGCAGCAGCAGCAGCAGCAACAACAGAGACUGAGACUGAGACUGAGUCAGUUACUCUCAAGCCAAUGAAGGAGCGCAGCACUCGCGAUGUCUCACUCAACAUGGAUCUCUUAGAUAUUGUGGGCGUUAAGCCAAACGAUAAACAGACGCGCACCAAGCGCCAAAGCUCGUCGCGUUCAACGCUCUGCGAAACGACUUCACAGUUUAUAACUCCACAAGCGGCGCUCAAUUCGCAUGGCAAUUGGAUGUUUGUUGUCAACGAGGAGAAUACAGCGCGACAAAUGGUCAAAGCGGAGUUGUGUGCCUCAAACACAUGCUCGAACCUUUGCGAUCUGCCCAAUGGCUACAACUCCAGGUGCGAGCAAAAGUUUGUGCAAAAACGUUUAAUUGCGCUACAGGGUAACGGGCAAAAUCUCUAUACGGAUACAUUUUGGUUUCCCAGUUGUUGUGUCUGCACCAUAGCAGCAAAUUAAGCAACGGCAACAGCAAUUGUUGUUCAGUCUGUCAGCAACAUUAUAAUUAUCAAAUUUAAACACACAUACAAAAUGUUCAUAACACACACACA